AACCAGGAAACAAGAGAGGGUUCUGCAAGUGACAUUUGAUGGAGAACUGGGAUGGUCAUCAAAGGACCACAUGGCCUGUGGCUCUGCAUGCGCAUCCUUCUUCCCGAUUCUCAUCCUAGAAUCCAUACUAUGGUUUUUUACGUUGGCAGGGAAAACGUCAAGUUCAGUCUGGAUGCUUAUUCUGAUUGCUUGGAUUUUGUGACCCCAUACAAAACUUCAUGAAUCCACAAGAGUUUCUCACAUGCUGUACCAGACAAAAGAGGGAGAGAGGAGGCCAUUUGAAAGGAAGAUUAGCUGUCCAGACAGCCAAGAGCAAUUUAGACUCCAACCCCACAAAAGGAUUCCUACUUCAAGAUUCAUACUCGCUGCUCAGCAAAGCAAGAACCGCUACAGGACCAACUUGGUUUAAAGGAUAUGUCCUCAAAUAUAGUGUGUCAGAAAAUGCUGCUAGCCUUCAUGUUGUUUUCAGUAACUAUGUGGAUAUUUUUUUUAAUUUCUCAAAAUUCUUCAAAGCUUUGGGCUGCUCUAAACACGUCCAUAUCUUUCUAUCACUGGAACGCCUCCAUGAAGUCCUCAUGUCCUGAAAUUCUAAUGGAGCAGUCAAAGUCACCAACAAAGACAGACCUGAGAGUCAGGGAGAUCCUGAAGAAGAUAAACCGGCAGAUCCCACCCAGACCCUUCCUCAACCACAGCAGCACCACCAGCGCCAGAGAGAGCACAGCCACCAUCCUCAACCUUCAAGACAAGUACUGCAUAGGGGACCAGCUGGACAUCCUGUUGGUGGCCAAGGACUAUUUUGGUCGCAGGAAGGAAUAUGGUGGAGACUUCCUGAGGGCCAGGAUGUCCUCCCCAGCCCUGAAGGCAGGCGCUUCUGGAAAGGUGACAGACUUCAACAAUGGCACCUACCUCAUCAGCUUCACUCUGUCCUGGGAGGGCCAGGUCUCCCUGUCUGUUCUUCUCAUACACCCCAGUGAAGGGGUGUCAGCUCUCUGGAGAGCAAGGAACCAAGGCUAUGGCAAAAUUAUCUUCAAAGGUACAUUUGUUAAUGGCACAGCUCAGGUCUCAGCUCAAUGUGGCCUGACCCAAAACUCAAGCAAGGAGCUCUGCAAAUACCUGUACAGUGGUGGCGAAGAAGUCUUCUACUGCAUGAAGCCUCAAGACAUGCCCUGUGCAUCCCUGACCCACGUGUGUACCAGGCAACAAGAUGUUUCUUAUCUCACUGCCAAAGAAAAAGACCUUUUCCAGAAGUCCAACAUAGGAGUUGAAAUGAUGAAGGAUCCUAAGUACAUUGAUGUCUCCCAAUGCAACAAGACUGAAAGCAAAAGAAAGAGAUGUGAGACUGGGACGGAGAUCCCCACCCCCAGCGGCUAUACUUUACAAGGAAGGUGGGUGACAGCCCAGUGCAAGCAGCGCCUGUUAAACUCAAGUCAGAUAAAUGACUGUUUGAAAGGAAAACUCAUUUACCUCCUGGGAGAUUCCACGCUGCGCCAAUGGAUCUACAACCUUCCCAAAGUUGCAAAAACACUGAAGCCUUUUGACCUUCAUGGGACUGGAGUAUUAAAGAAACAUUUGCUUUUGGAUGCUGAGAGGCACACUCUGGUUGAAUGGAAAAAACACAGCCAUCCUUUUGUCACUGUUCAGCUCUACUCUGUGAUAGAUGAUGGCUAUAUCCCUCGGGAAAUUGACCGCUUGCUAGGCGACAAAGAUACUACCAUCGUCUUUACCUUUGGCCAGCACUUCAGACCCUUCCCCAUGGAACUUUUCAUUCGUAGGGCCAUCAGUAUCCAAAAGGCUAUUGAGCGGCUCUUCCUCAGAAGCCCUGAUACUAAAGUCAUCAUUAAGACAGAAAAUAUUAGGGAGAUGCACACAGAUACAGAGAGAUUUGGAGAUUUCCAUGGUUAUAUUCAGUAUCUAACCAUGAAGGAGAUUUUCAAAGACCUUCAUGUAGAUACCAUUGAUGCCUGGGACAUGACCAUUGCAUAUGGUACCAAUAAUGUCCACCCACCUGAUGAGGUGAUUAGAAAGCAGAUUGACAUGUUUUUAAACUACAUUUGCUAAUGCUGCAUCACUAGGAGCCAAUGUCUGCCAGCCAUUCUAUGUGUUUCAUCAGUGAAGUUUUAUUCAACUUAGAAUUUAAAAAUUAAAAAAAAAUCAAAUUUAAAAGAAUCUGAUUUGGGCCAGGCCGUGGUGGUGCACGCCUUUAAUCCCAGCACUCAAGGGCCUGAGGCAGGCGGAUCUCUGUGAGUUUGAGGCCAGCCUGGUCUACAGAGUGAGCUCUAGGACAGCCAGGGCUACACAGAGAAACCCUGUCUCAAAAAAUAAAUGAAUGCAUGAAUGAAUGAAUGAAUGAAUGAAUGAAUGAAAGAAAUAACCUGUUUUGAAAUAGAGAUGGAACUAAGUUAAAAGAGUGCUUGAACAGCAUGCAUGAAGCCCUGGACACAAGUUUCAGCACCACAUAAGCAAGACAUAGUGGCACAUGCUUGUAAUUCCAGCACUCAGGAGGAUCUAAAGUUCAAGGUCAUCCUUAAUUAUAUAGUACAGUCAAGAAGAGCCUGGGCUACAUGAGAACCUUUCUUGAUUAAAAGUAAUAGCCAUAAUCUUGACAGGAAACUUACUUAAAAACAUUGACUACAGAGAGGGAAUAUAAAACCAAGAAAAUUAACUACGAAA